ACUACGAGCAGUUUUUCACUGGACUGUGGACAUGUAAGAGGGGGCUUCUACUUCUAAAUCCAACCAGAAAUUAUUUUGAAUAUGGUUUUGAAUGAAUAUCGUGUCGAUAACUAUAAAUAUCGAUAGGCCCUUUUCACUGCCUCCUCCCUUUUCUAUCGUGUCCUUUCAAUUCUCAUCAAACUUGACAACGUCGCGCGGUUUCCAUAGAAAAAUCGUAAAAAUUAAAAAUCUCCAACAGAUUUAAAAUUUUGAAAAAAGUCAGUUGUGAAUAUUGACGUCUGAUUUCUGAUUUAUUUAAAAAAAAAAGGUUUUUACUGUAAAUUUCCGAGUUUUUUGUGUAUUGAACGUGUAAAUUUGUGUCUAGGAGGAAUUCGAAAUUCAACUAUCGUGAAAAUGCCAAGAAGAAAAAGAAAUCAUCGAAGACAUGGAAAAAACAAAAAGAAACGUCAAAUCGCCAACAGAAAAAACCAAGCUUCCUCCAAACCAAAUGACACAACCAAUACUGACAGUUCGAUGGCAACUUUAUUGAGUUCUGAUGACCCUUCCACUUCUUGUACUUUAGUUAAUAGUGAUUUUAUUACUCCUAAAGCUAAGAGGUUUAGGAAGGAUUCUUUUGAAAUGGAGACGCCUGUAAGAAAAUUACAGAAAGAGGAAAAAAAUGAUGAUUUACAAAAUCAAACUAUGGACUUAUCAAGAAAUAGUGAUACUCUUAUAAAUUACACACCUCUCAGAGGAACUCCAGUUAAUAAACGACGAAGCCAAAACAGGCAUAAAGAUGGCACUUUAAAUGUAACUAAUUUAAAUGUAUUGUUUGAUUCAAAUGAAGCUACACCAAUCAGGAAAACUUCUUCACUUGACAAAAGUAAUGGUGAUCAUCUAAGGUCGCACAUAAGUAUUUCAAACCUGCAAACUUCUAGUCAAGAAAACAAAUUGUCUUUGAAUAAGAGCACCCAGACUAUGGACGAGGAAUUAAUUAAGCUAGACAUUACUGAAACGCCAAAAGUUUCACAAAAAAAACAAGACAUGAACAUCACACCUCAAUCAAACUACACUAAGAACUACUAUAAUCAGAAAAUAAAUGAGAUAAAUGUUAAUCCAUAUUUCAAAGAUAAAGAAAUUGCCAACGUAAAAUCUCAAUGGCAAAAAGAAAACAUGGAAGAAUUGUCCUUUUUCUCACCACAACUUUUUGAAAUGAAAACCAGUUCUACACCAAUACAAGUUGUAAAUUAUUUAAAAGAAAACGACACAAAGUUAUCGUUGAUAAAUAAGAAACUUGACGGAAGUCCUCUUAAUAGAGAUAUAAUAAGCAAAACGCCUAGAUCAGCGAAACUACUUGAACAAGUAUUGAACAACAGUCUUGAUUUGACUAUAAUUGACUCAGUCCCUAUAAGAUUGGAUAACGUAAACUUGAAUACUCCUCCUCUAACUGAAAAAGUAAUCAACAAAGACAAAAGCAAUAGUAUAAGACUAUUGGGAAGUAGUAAGAAGAAAAAGAGAAUUUCACCAAAAAUCAAUCGAUUGGUUAAUUAUUCUAGGGUGAAAAAAAUAUCUCGUUCGGCAACUUCAGAGAUUCAACAGUUGUCUUUGGAGAAUUCUUGUGAAGUCAGAACGCCAACUGCCAGAUUGGGGGUGUAUGAAAAAAUCGUUAAUAGAAUUAAGAGAUACAGCAAAGCGUCAGUAAAAUGGAGCGGCAGAAUGAUGGAAUCCUGUGCACAUCUAGGGAUACAAAUUAAAAAUAGCUUAUCUUCAUUAUGCGACAUGUAUAAUGAAAAAUCGAUGCUAGAAAGUUCCCAAACUCAAAAAUCGUGCCACUGUGAUUCUUUCAAACAAGAAAUUGGCGAUUUAUAUGUUAAAAUUGACCAUCUCACUGAGGAAGUGGGCCAACUUAGAAGACAAAUCGACGAAAAUCACAAUGCCAGUGCAAGUAGCGGAGAUCAUAACAAUUAUCUAAUAUUAAACGAAGACCUAAAUAAAGUUAAACAAGAAUUGAUUACCUUCAAGGAUCUACGCUCUGAACUAACUACCCUUAAAGAACAGUUUCAGUGUUUUGCCAAUACUGCUGCACCUGUAGAUACUAUUGUAACUAAACCUCCUGCUGCGCCACCAGCACCGGCGCUACCGCCGCCACCACCUCCACCACCUCCGCCGCCUCUUCCUCCUAUGCCACUUAUCCAAACAGUACCACCUAAAUUGAAUUUGCAGAAAAAGUCAAAAAGUGCUAUAGGGAUGGUUGUAACAGACAAUAGCCGGCCUGUUAUCAGUUUGGAUGAUAUUUUGAAAGUGAAGCUGAAGAAAGCAUCGGAACGUCCCGUAUCUACACCCAACUGUCGCCAACGCACCAUAUCUACUCCGAUGGGUUCCACCGGUGACCUUUUCCGCCAAAUCAAAUUGCGCUCAGGAAAACCAAAUUUCCUGCGAACUCCAGCCAUAAAUCAAUCGAGCGUUUCCACGCCGGGCGUUAGUAACAGUACCUUCAAGGCAGACUUGACAACCAGUCCUGCCAAUAGCCUGAAUAAAUUUUUGGAAAGUACUUCCGUAUGGCGAGUCAAACGUUUGAAAAAAGUGGGUGCUUACAGCUUCGAUAAUUCUGUUCACAGGAGGUCGCCGAUGGUUGCAUUAUCGCCGGCUUCGAGGAGGGAACGGCCAUGAAGCGCGAAGGAUCGAGAAAAAUUUGAUAACAAACAUUGACUGUAGCUAAGAGGAAAUAGCUCCAUGCCUCAUGUACUUUUUGUCGGUUUAUUGUUUUUCUUUAUACAUAUAUAUUUUAAACUGUUAUACUUGAAUUAUUGCAAUAUUAUAUUUAUUAUAUUUUUUUUUACAUAAAAGCGCAAUAAUUUAUAUACUCCAGCUUAGCUAUGCAGAUUGUAUUUUUUAAUUUAAUAAAUUUUUUAUGUGAUAUGUUAUAUUAUGUAAUUGUGUUGAUGUAUUGACAGAAAUAAAAAUAAAUUAUUUAGGUACAAAAAUGUUUAUUAUAUCACUCUAUAAAUCUUAUAAAUCGAAUAAAAAGAAAUAUUUUUAAAAUUUAAUAAUACUUUUUACAUAAAGAAAAAACAAUUUCUGAAAAAUUGCACUCAACUACUGAAAUAAAGACAAAUAACCAUUAUUUAUUAUAGGAGAAAUUCUCGAAUGUGCUAGAUUUUUUUUGAUUUGUGACACAUUUUCACACUAUGGCAAAAAGCUAAAUGAAAUGUUCCUUAUUCGAAAAACACUGGUAUAUUGAUAAGCUAAAUUAAAAUCACAUUAUACAGAUAAAGACAUUUGAUAUAUCAAAUUUAAAAUAUGUAACUACAUACAUAUUAGUAUUUGUAGCGUUAAAUAUAUUGAGAAUUCAAAUCAAAUACAGAAAUAACCCAACUGUACAAUUUAAGUGGAGAUCGUGGUUUUAUUCUAAUACUUGAACUUUCCCAUAAAAAAAAACUACUUCCCAAUAAAUAAUGUGCUUGUUAUCAAGUUCAAGUAAGUCGAUUUCAAUUGACAAACCACUAAUGUAUAAAGUUUCCACAUGGGAUAUUUUUAUCCCACCUACAAAAAAAAAAGAUAAAUGCAAAAGUUUUAUGUUCUAUUUUAAAUAAAACAUUGAGCCUCAGUCAAAAUAUAAAGUUUGUACAAUAUGUUUAAAGGAAAUUUUGUAAAUUUAUAAAAAAAAAAUUGGCUUAAGUUGUUUCAAACGAACCAGAGACUCAAAACAUAUAUGCUCCAUUUAAGAAAGAAUUACAAACCUACCUCUUAAUAAUAUGAUAGAUAUUUUACUAAUAUUAACUAAAUCACAAUAUAUACACGAUUAAAGCAAAUCUUUACUGUGAAAGGUUGACUUUGGUUGAUAGCCAAAUUCAGGCCUCGAACAUCCCAGAAAUAGAAAAAGCGUUUUCAUGAUUUGGAAUAUUUGUAUUAUUGCAGUUUUGGUGCCUAAUUUCAUUCAAAAAAAUUUAUUUAUAUCUAAUAGUUUAGGCACCAAAACUCCAAUAAUUAUUGAUACUAAAAAUUUUCGCCUUUUUUAUUGUUAAAUAUUCUAAAGAUAUUAACAUGAAUUUUUAGCUAGUAAUUACAGUCUUUUACUAUCUACUCUCGUAUAAAGUGCUUCCGUUUCUUAAUCAAAACAGUAGUUAUUCUUAUCACCACAAUGUGGAUGAAACAAGUAUUGAAACAAAUCUAAAAGCGAUUUCUUGAAAAAAGAAGCAGUAAAUUAAUAAGAAAAAUAAAAAUUGCCAUGCUACACCAACUGUUGAUAAAAAAAGGUAUUAAUUUGGAAUAUUGAUUAUUAACAGCUGCUUAUUGAUUUAGCUUAGAGAACACACGGUGUCAAAUUCUUCCAUAAAUAAUUACGUUCAAUUGGAUUUUAGCCUAAUAUCAACCAAUUUAAUUUCUCUCACUUGCAAAUCGUGUUUACUUUUAGCAGCAAACUUAAUCAAAGCCUGAGUAGAAAUAUUUAGGGCCUGUCUGCAAUCCAACCUAGUCAACUUUUCGCACUUGGACAAAUGAUCGAGACUCGCCUCGGUGACCAACUUGCCGUGGCUCAAGUCCAGACUUAUCAAAUUAGUUAACGUAUUGGCUGGUUUCGUACUGAGCUGAGCGAUACCCGCAUCGGAUAUUCUGGGGCACAUGCUCAGACUCAAAUGCUGAACGUUCGGAAGAUAUUGGGUGACGUAGCGCAUGGCGAUGUCGGUAAUGUCGGUUCCUGCUAGUAUAAGGGUUUUCAGGUUACGGAAACGGAUUUUGUCGCCUGCUAGGCCGGAACGUGCGUCGUUGUUUG